UAAACCACGGGGGGCUAGGCCUGUUUCCGGUAGGAAUUAGUGGAUUCGGCGGCAGAGGCAGUGCGGAUCCGGCGUUGUCCAGUGAGUUUUUCCAAGGCUGCAUAGAGAUGGCGGCGGCUUUUCGAAAGGCGGCUAAGUCCCGGCAGCGGGAACACCGAGAGCGAAGCCAGCCUGGCUUUCGAAAACAUCUGGGCUUGCUGGAGAAAAAGAAAGAUUAUAAACUUCGUGCAGAUGACUACCGUAAAAAACAGGAAUACCUCAGAGCUCUCCGUAAGAAGGCUCUUGAAAAAAAUCCAGAUGAAUUCUACUACAAAAUGACUCGGGUUAAACUCCAGGAUGGAGUACAUAUUAUUAAGGAGACUAAGGAAGAAGUAACCCCAGAACAACUAAAGCUGAUGAGAACUCAGGACGUCAAAUAUAUAGAAAUGAAGAGGGUUGCAGAAGCUAAGAAAAUUGAAAGACUAAAUCAGAGCCUCCAUCUGCUGGAUUUUCCAGGGGAAAGCAACAGAACAAGCAAUGUGUCUUUUUUUGACACCAAGAAAAAGCGGGAAGGAAUAAAUGUGGUUGAAAGGUUUCGUGGGGUUGGGACAGGAAAGGAUGUCACCAACAGGACUGGACUUAAGCGAAUAGCUAAAGAAAGGCAAAAGCAAUAUAACUGCUUGACACAGCGGAUUGAACGAGAGAAGAAAUUGUUCGUUAUUGCUCAGAAAAUUCAAACACGCAAAGAUCUUAUGGAUAAAACUCAGAAAGUGAAGGUGAAGAAAGAAACGGUGAACUCGCCAGCUAUUUAUAAAUUUCAGAGUCGUCGAAAACGUUGACAUGUUAUAGAUAAGCCUUGUCAUUCUGCAUCUAAAAUCUGUUGUCUUUUUCUAGUAACUUCAAAUUCCAUUAGUCCAAAUGGCAUGGUUUGUAACCAUAACUAAAUUGUCAGUCUGACAUUUAAUGUCUUUCUAUGGACAACAUUAAAUCUCCCUCUCUUCUGUAAUUGUU